AUGGUCAACAUCACCGCCGCCGGGGAUGGCAUCACCGGCGGCUAUACGGGAAACUCCCUCGGCCUCAAAAUUACUAUCGCAACUUUGGCCGGGGUUACUUGGUAUAAUGCCUUUGAACUGGUAAUUCUAAUUUUUGUCACCUUCGCCCAGUAUCGCGGUCUUUACUUCUGGAGUCUUCUCAUUUCAUCCUCUGUCGGCCUCAUCCCCUACUCGCUCGGCUUCCUGCUCAAAUUCUUCCGCCUCACUGAUGCAACCUGGCUGCCAGUAACCUUGCUCACCAUAGGCUGGUGGUGCAUGGUAACUGGCCAGUCCAUCGUGCUUUACUCGCGCUUGCACUUGGUGCUGUCAAACCAUCGGAUACUGCGACGCGUCUUGACCAUGAUCCUUGUCGAUGCCGUCGCGCUACACCUUCCAACUACCGUCCUUACCUUCGGCAGCAACAUGGCUCCCGAUAAUGCCCGACAACCUUAUAUAACUGGAUAUAAUAAAAUGGAAAAGAUCCAGAUGACCGGCUUCUGCAUACAAGAGUUCGUCAUCUCAGGUCUCUAUAUCUGGGAAACUGUUCGCAUGAUACGACUCGAUCCGGACCGAACCAAGCGCAAGAUUCAAUACCAGCUCAUUUUUAUCAACUUUGUGAUCAUCGCGAUGGAUCUGGGGCUGCUAGUUGUCGAGUUCAAAAACUUCUAUAUCAUGGAGACCAUGCUCAAAGGCGCCGUAUACAGCAUCAAGUUGAAACUCGAGUUUGCUGUCCUCGGCAAAUUGAUACACCUCGUCCACAACCAUGUAUGGAAAGCAGACUCCUUUUCCGGUCCAAGCGAGCUCCCUGACUUUGUGGAUGCCACCCGGGUUACGUCCGACCUCACACAUGCGGCCCCUACCUUCAGUCGGGGCCGAGGACCCUCGUGGAUGGACGCCGAUGACAUCUCCAUUGCCAUGUUCGAGCAUUCACCCGCGGUGGAUGCCAAUGGCGUACUUUUGGACAUUUCCAAUUCUUGGAGCAGCGAGACACGCAUUAAUCACGGUGACCAUAUCACCAUCGACUUCAUCAACCCGUUCUGUCGAUAUCAGAGCUGGCAGAGCAGGUCUUCCAAGUUGCCUACCACUCCAGAAAAACAUGGAUGA